AUGGAGGGCAAAAGACCGAAGCUAAGAUGGGACGUUCCAAUGCGCCAAGCUCUUUGCUGUCUGUACCGGUUUUUCCGAUGCAACAAGAAACAAAAAGAGGAGAUCUUCUUCUCUAUGUUCCGCGACAAUCUGAGAAAACGUGGAAUUCAUCGAUUUGUUCCAGGUAAAACGCUUCACGCACAGUGGAACUGGAUGAGAAACACUGGCGAUCUUAUCUGGUCGCAUGUCCAUCGGAACACUGAUUUCAAUAUGGACGGAGAAUGGAGGAACGUCAUCCAGCGCAUCAAGUCCACUGCAUUGACAAUGCACCUCCCUCUUAUCGAGAAGACAGAGGAUGACAUUGACACUGCUCAAUGGGGCACGCGAAUGACAAUGGCCUUGAGACUGAGAACUGAGUCCCCCCCGCAGACCCCCCACCCCAUGUCAUUUUCACUCCACCAGCGAAGAGCAGAGGAAAGGAGCCAUUAUUUUGCCAAAAGUGAUGAUCAAAAAAGUGAGAGUAUCACAAUGAGUGUCGGCCAGAGUCAGGAAUGGGCCGACGAGCCGAGACAUAUCGACCCUCUGGAAAACAAUGAGGCUGUUGUUACCAGUCAUGGCAAGACGUGUAUCUGGUGUGAGCAUGGAUUGGCAAUUGACGAGACAGAUGGUCCCGAUGAAUGGACCCAACAUACUCAUCUUGACCAACACAAAAUCCUCGACGAAAACCAGUCCCAGCAUCAGCACCAAGGGUACCAAGAUUUGGGCCAACAGGUUCAAGAUCAACAGCCAGAUCAACAGCAAGAACACCAAGGCUGCAGCCAGCAGCAUCAUGGCCAGCAAGGCUAUCACCACGACCAUGAGCUGGCCAUGAGAGGAGUUCCCGCCGACAAAAUGCCACCGUUGCUGUUUCGGUGGUCAAACCGUGACUCGCAAGGAGUCAACUCGAAGACUGUUUUUCUAGCCGGGCUUUUCUGCAACGGUGAAUGGCUUGACCCUGAAGACUUAUCUGAUGACCGUUUCGAGAGCUUCUUUCGAAGCCAUGUCACCAAGGAAAAAGUCAAAACGCCAUUCAUUUCUACCUCUCAUUCUCCUUUGGCACCACUUCACCGUGCUAUUGCUAAUCAAAACGGUGCCAUGCUGACCGUAAUUGACACCUCGAAGCUAGAAACAAAAGUAUUCUAUGCCCAUCCGCUUGCGAUUCGGACUAGGACUUUUACCUACAGCUGGAAGGGAUAUGGAGAGUACCUCAUCUGGGGCCGUAUCCCACUUGAGGCAAUUGGUUUCAGCGUCGAAAUAACAAGUUUGGAGCAAAUCAUACAAUCCCACCGCGAUGUCGCUCGCUUGAUGCAAACCGCUCUUAUCCGUGGCUCUCCACGCUGCAAUCAGAAGUUGCGAGACAUGCUGGCGGCAAAAAGAAAGUCGCCUUUCCAGUCCGGUCGAACACUUGGAAAGUUGUUGACUCUUCUUGAAGUUCCAACGGUCCACUGGGACAACAUAACAUCAAGAUUUGCCAAAUCAUGGGGUUGGAAAUAUGCUAAAGAGAUCGUUCUGCUCCACAAUGGUCUUCGAAGUGCACCACCUUACCUGUCCGAGGAAUUGUCAGAUUCUGAAAGUGAAGUUCCAUGGCCCACACCCCAAAAGACGCCAGUGAAAACUUCCCAAAAGAUGCCAUUUUCAUCUGACUGCGUUUCUGAUCUAGACUACGAACCGUCCGAGACUGACAAAGGCUCGGGAGGGACCUCAGAGUCGGAAUACAUGGACGAGUCUCGAUCGAUGACGAUCUGCGAUGUGAGCGAGACAUCGGAUGACGGAAAGUUCUCAACACAUGAGACGCUGUCUAGUGGGAUGUUCUCUGAAAACGAUGCCCCCGAACCCUCCUCGGGACCGGUACAUAGUCAAGAAGUAAUUGAUCUCACCUCGGAUAACGAGGAUACUAGUUCUCAGCGGGCAUUGCAAUUGGGCUGGCCGUCCGAUGAUGAAUAUAUGUACCCCGACACGCCCACAAAAAUCAGGGGAAGAAUCCCAUUGCAAUCGGGACAAAGCACCAUCAACAAUCUUGUCCUAGAUGGUCAUACAGAUAUGGACUUUUUUGAGAAAGUCCGAACUUGGGCUCAUCACGAAAACUGA